UAUUGUUUUGCAUAUGUAUUAAUUCAGACACUAUUGAAGGAAUUAUUCAGAAUGGCACACUUAACCAAGAUCACAUGUAUAGCAUGUUGGGUAUCCAUGAACUGCAUUUUUAAUUUCCUUUAUGUUCAUUUACAUUACAUUUUGCUAAUUCUGUUACAUAUCAGUAUUAUAAUCUACUCUCUAGUCUCUUAUCUUUACACAAUUCAAUUUCAUUUGCAAAAAAAAAACAAAAAAACUAGAAGGCAAAGGAUUGUAAAAUUCCAUCCAAAGGAACAACUCCUUAUUGGCUUACUCGCUGAGGGUGUGACAUCUUCAGACUUUAAAAGAUCACCAAUCACAAGAUCAGGCCCCAUCACCCCCUUCCCUUUUGCUGAUUCUGAGAAAUUAAAGAUGAGCUAGAAGUCCUCUAAGGACCCCUAAGUUUGUCCCAGGCUGCGGCCUUGUCUUUCCAUUCAUCAAAGAUGAUCUGACACAAACUUAGUCACAUUAUUUGAUACACUGACCCCCGGUUUCACAUAUUUUUUGUUUUGUUUUUGCGCACAGAAAGUAUUCUCAUACCUUCAUAAAAUUAAAUUUGAACCACUGCAGUCAUGUUGACUGUUUUAACGACGUCUUUAGUACCUUUCUGGACCUUGUGUCGGUUAAAUUGCUGUCUAUGGACGAGUCAUAUACCUUGCGGAUUUAAUAAAAAAUAUCUUAAUUUGUGUUCUGAAGAUGAACGAAGGUCUUACGGGUGUGGAACGACAUGAGGGUGAGUAAUUAAUGACAGAACUUUCUAACCCUUUAACCCUUUAAACUAACCCUUUAAGCCUAUUGUCCCAGACUAAAAUGCAUAUUUGAGCUUUUUAACUGAAAGCAACUUGCACUGACAUAUUUUAAAAUAUGUUAUUGUUUUAUCUCAAGAUGCAUGUAAGUAAUGUUUUUUUUUUUUUUUUUCUAGGGCACAUUUAUAAAGGCUGCUUAAAUGUCGUAAUUGUCCUAAUCCCCACCCCCAAAUGCUUUAUGAACUUGCUUUUUUUUAUAUACUAUACAUCCUUUGCACAUUUUUGUCUCAACACAAUGCUUACAAUGUAACUUUCAAGUUCACUUGAGUUGAGAAUAUAUGGUGGGGGGUGACUCUUGAAUCAUAGAUCCUGCGCUUGUUCCAUGUUCAUAAGAGGAUGGGUGAGCAAGGCUGGGAAAUUGGUGUCUCGGUGACGUCCACACAAGCAAUAUUUUAUUGCGGCAGCAGAGCACCUCUUUUUUUUUUCACCUAACGCGAGUGCAAAUACUAGAAGAGCUCCUGCAGAUGAAAACAUAAAUCUAAGCGCCAUCAGUGUGAGAAAGCAAAAGGAUUGUCAGAAGCUUCAUUUCUGAGAAUUAUUUUUAUUGUUAUGAAAGUGUGAACAAUAUAAAUAUUGUGAUGCGCGUGAAUGAUCAACUCAAACCCCGUCGCUGUUGCACUCCGGUAAACUUUAAAGGAUUUUCCAACCAAAACCUCUCUUCUGGAGAAUCAACCAAGAACCAAGAAAACUAAUUGCUGGAGAUCUUCAAGGUUUCGUUUUCACGACAGACCGUCAAAAUACGCUCACGUUAAAGAUGAACAUCCAAAACAGCAGUGAUUUAGACAGACCUGAAGGCAACUUGGAGGCACCUGAAAAAACCUUAUUUGGCAUCGGCACCGACAACUUCGUCACGCUUUUGAUCUUUGGACUCAUUUUUAGUCUUGGGGUCCUGGGAAACUCUCUGGUUAUCACUGUUCUGGCUCAACGCAAACCUGGACAGCAACGAAGCACCACCAACAUCUUCAUCCUCAACCUCAGUGUGGCAGAUCUGUCCUAUCUGCUCUUCUGCAUCCCCUUUCAGUCAACAGUUUACAUGCUGCCCACAUGGAUCCUGGGUGCCUUUAUUUGCAAGUUUAUCCACUACUUUUUCACCGUGUCCAUGUUGGUGAGCAUCUUCACUUUAUCAGCCAUGUCGGUGGACAGGUAUAUCGCCAUAGUGCACUGCAGAAAGUCCUCAUCCAUUCGAGUUUCGAGGCAUGCAUUGAUCGGGGUGCUGAUCAUAUGGGUGCUUUCUUUCGCCAUGGCCACCCCGGUUGCCUACUAUCAGGGAAUCGUGGAAAGUAAGGACAACAGUACGUUUUGCUGGGAAGUGUGGCCAGAUCACAGCAAGAGGAAAAUCUAUGUGGUGUGCACUUUUGUCUUUGGAUAUGUGUUGCCGUUGAUUCUGAUAUCUUUCUGUUAUGCCAAGGUCCUGAAUCAUUUGCAUAAAAAGUUAAGAAAUGUCUCCAAGAAGUCUGAGGCAUCAAAAAAGAAGACUGCUCAGACAGUUCUGGUGGUUGUGGUGGUCUUCUGCCUGUCCUGGCUGCCUCAUCACGUGGUGCACCUGUGGGUCGAGUUUGGCUCCUUCCCUCUGAACCAGGCAUCCUUCGUGUUCCGUGUGGCGGCCCAUUGUCUGGCCUACAGCAACUCGUCUGUUAAUCCUGUUAUUUAUGCGUUCCUCUCCGAGAACUUCAGGCAGGCGUAUAAGCAGGUUUUCCGUUGUCAGGUGGCUUCUGAGUGCCCAACAAAUGAGGCCAGAGAGAUGAAGGCAGCACCAUCCACCAACUGCACCACUGUGUAAUUCCUGCAGCUGUUAUGUUUGUCAAAAUUUAUGAUAUCUUAAAAAAGACUUGAAGUUGAGUUUUUAAGCUUGGGAGAAGGCGAGAAGCUUGUUACAUAUUGAUUUACAUUGAUAAGAAUUGAACAUGGUUAGAAAUUGGCCAGUCUUUUUCUUAUAUGCUUGGAGGUUUGAGUGGUUGCCAUUUUAAGGGCUUUUGACAUGUUAAAAAAGCAUUUGCUGUGUGCUUACUCAUGAUGAUGAAUUUCUUUGGAGCGCAAUCGAGACCUUACUUAGCACCUGCUGUGAAGCUGUAGUGAUGUAUGGCCUGUAAAUAUGUGCAAUCAAAAAAAAAAAAAAAAAAAAAUGGUGAAGGUUAAGGAGAGUGAGGAUCUGGUUUUCCUUUUCCUACAGGGAAAAUAGUCUGAAAUGUAAUGAACUGUUAUCUUGAGCCAUGAUAUAAUUUCAAAGUCUUUCAAAGUCUAUCAAAUGCUUGUUUAAUAGCAUUUUCCCCCUUAUAUCAUCUGGGGGGAAAAAAUGAAUCAGAAAAUGCUGGUCUUGGAAAUGUCCCAUAUGUUGUACAUAAGGUAUAAUUAUAAGAAUAUUUUGGUAACACUUUACUUAAAGCCUUUAUAUAUAAUGCAUUAUAAAAGUAUUUUUAAUGAAUGAAAAAUGCAUGUCCUCAUGAAUAAUUGUAAUCACAGUUAUAUUAUAAUAUUUAUUUUACACCUUUAGAAAGUAAUGCAUAAAACA